AUGCCCGUGGGCGGUGACUACGAGAAGUCGUGGCCUCCUCUGAUCAGAAGUCUUUUCUAUCUUUUCGUCCUCCUGUGGUCCUUUCAGGGGGUCGGUAUCAUAUGCGACGAAUUUAUGGCGGCGAUCGAGAAGAUCACCAGCAGCAAGUGCUCCAAAUGGAUAACCAAUCCCGCUGGGCAGAAGGUUGAAGUGCGCGUCACAGUCUGGAAUGAGACCCUUGCGAACCUGAGUCUGAUGGCACCUUGCUCCUCAGCUCCAGAAAUUCUUCUUUCUACUGUGGAGCUUUGCAGCAAUCGGUUCUUCUCGGGCAGCCUUGGCCCACAGACGGUUGUUGGAAGCGCAUCCUUCAACUUGUUCUGUAUAUCAUCCGUGUGCAUCUCGGCCCUCGCGCCCGGGGAGGUGCGAAGAAUCGAGAAGUAUCCAGUCUUCUGUUUCACUUGCGCUGCAUCAGUGCUGGCUUACGUGUGGAUGCUGGUCGUGCUGGCUGGCAUCACGCCUGACCGUGUAGAUCUUGCGGAAGGAGUGAUCACCUUGCUGCUCUUCUUCGUGUUUCUGGGCAUUGCCUUCAUGCUGGACAAGUACUUCUCCACAAGUUCCGUAGAUCCUGAUGUGGCGGAGGACAGCUCAUGCCCAUGCAGAUUGCCACCCAAAAACUCGCUACUGUACCCCAACCUGAAAAGCAGAUACUCAGCCACUCAGCAGUUCUGCGCAGCAUUCAGCAGCGUACCGGCACGGGCGGGUGAUGCAGGAGUUCGAGCUAUGAUGAAGACUCAGGGGAACAAACCGUCCUGCGAAAUGCGGAACUCCAAGAACGAGGCCAAAGGCGAGGUAUGGACUCCUUGCGUUCCUGUUGCUUCUGACAUUCUGCUUCCGUCUUCCUUGCAGUGGAAAGCAGAAAAGCUGACCGUUGCAGGCCAAAUUCUUAGGCUCUCCACUGGUGGAAAGAAGCAGCCGAGCAUUUUUACGUAUGGCUUCCUGGAGUCAGAGGUUGUCUGCAACGAGGGUGAUGGCUUUGCCAGCCUGCAGAUUGCAGCGCUGAAUGGCCCGCACGCGGCACCUGUCCGUGUAAAGUAUCGAACCCGGAAUGGGAUGGCGAAAGCAGGGAAGCGGUAUCACCAGAGAUCUGGUGUGCUGCAUUUCGUGGCCGAGGAAGAGAAACAGGAACUAAGGAUACCUCUCAUGAUGGCAAGAGGCCCUCCUGAGGAAUUCUAUGUGGAGCUCACAGAGAUCAAGGGCGACGGAGCCGAGGGGAAGAAGAACCCACCGAUCCUUGGACAAAGUGUCCGCUGCCAGGGGCUUAGACUUGCUUGCUCUGCACAGAGGCUCUGUCAAGCGGAAAAAACACGUAUGGCCUGCCAUGGGCUAACCUUAGACUCUCGAAGAAUGCAGCACUUGGCGGCCGUUCCCAGCGGGAUGCUUAGUUUUGCGCAGGACAGGCUCCUCGACGUCGAGUCUACUCAGGAUGCGAGGGCAUUAUCAGAUAUCCGAUCUGAAGCAAAGUCGGAGGUCAAGUCCGAAGCCAGAUCCGAAGCCAGAUCUGAUGCCAGAUCAGAUGUGCAGCAAGCCACAAGCAAACUUUCGAGCGUGCAGGCAGUGGAAGCCUUCUUCUGCAACGGAAGCCCCGAGGAGCAGGCACAGGCGACCGCGUUCGACUGGCUCAUGCACUGCUUGGCGUUGACCUGGAAGAUUGCUUUCAUGAUCGUGCCCCCUCCAUCACUGCUGGGUGCAUACCCGGCCUUCUUCUGCUCCCUGCUCGGGAUUGGCCUGGUCACGGUGGUCAUCAACGAUGCCGCGAGCCUUUUGGGUUGCUCCGUAGGCAUGGCAGAUGACCUGACGGCGAUUACUCUGGUAGCCCUCGGGACGAGCUUGCCGGACACCAUGGCCUCUAGAACAGCUGCGAAGUCAGAUGACACUGCCGACAACUCCAUCGGCAACAUCACCGGAAGCAACACGGUCAACGUGCUGCUGGGUAUGGGCAUCAGCUGGACAAUUGGCGCUGCGUACUGGGCCCACAAUGGGGUCACGGAUGACCCUUGGCGUACUGCUAGAGCAGCAGCACUAACACAAAGAGUGUCUGCGGGCUGA